CAGUGGCGUCACAGCGGCGCGACUCGACAGCAGCGUGUUUUCAGUGGAGAGCAAAAUUCAGCCACAGAUAGAGGAGAGAGAGAGGGGACAUGUAAAGCACCGUUGAGUGGAUUAAAAAGCGUUUACGACACUGUCAGUGGAGGAAUGAGAUGAAGCAGCGCUGAGAGACUCAAAGUUUCCUCUGUCGGAGCUUUGUGGGAGAUCAAGAUGGAGAAGUGUCUGUGGUGUACCACAUCUCUGGAUUCAGAGGGUGAUGCAGCGAUGGUCGCCCUGUUGCGCAGCUACUGCUCAGGACAGCAGUCUGAAAUGCAGAUGGACUCUCUGAAUGAAGACCUCUGCUGCUGUCUUGAGUGUGUGGUGGAGUAUCAUCGAGCCAGAGAGAAUGUCCCUGAUCUGCACAAGUGUUUGUGGGAAAUGGAGAUUGCUCGACUCCUGCGUGUGUUGGGGUCCGUUUUGGAUCAGGAGCUGGGAGAUGAAGAUGAAAUCUAUAUCAUUGAAGGCGAUCAUGAGCAGCCGGUGUUAAAGUUCUCUCCUUCAGAUAUCCAUGACCGUAUCUUCAUCCCACUGUGUGAAAUUUUGAGAUAUCCAUACCUGCUGUGCUGCCGAGAGCUGUCUGAUAUGGUGGUUAGGGUCUUGUACAAGUUGCAGGAUUGGCAGCAAACUUUGAGUUGGUCUGAGAAGUAUCAGGGAACAUAUCUGCUUCUCGUUCAUCCCGAUGAAAAGGUGCGUCGCUGGGCAAUUGAUCUAGCAAAAACCUUAAAGAGUGUGGACCGGGAUGCCUAUUAUGACCUUCGGGAGAUCUUCGCUUGCAUGUUUCAAAUAAUCGAGCUUGGAAUAUCUUUAGAUUUACCAGAUUUGGAUCCUGGGUGUUAUGCAAGCGGAAAAGUGCCCAUGCUGCCCUCUCACCUCUAUGAUGCAAAGAACAAGAAGAACUACUGGCUAGGCAUCUGUAUGUUACUAACACAGCUCAGCGCUGAGGCAAUGGACUCUCUCUUCGUGGGACAGUUUAAUAUCCCGCUUUGCAUACUCAAUACAAUGGAUGCAUUGAAAAGGGAGGAUAACCCGGCUUCUGACCCUUUCUGGCCAGCCCUCCACUGUUUCAUGGUCAUUUUAGACCGUCUUGGUUCUAAGAUUUGGGCUCAGGUUGACCCUAAUAUGGCUUUCCAGACCAUCACCGGAGCAGCCAGCUAUGUGUGUGAAUUAAGAAGCAUCCAGCAAAAGACAAUGGGGAGGAUGGUAAAAGUAGAGCCAGAAUAUGACGACAAUGUCGUGACUUGCAGUCAGAUGGUGUAUGACUGUUAUGCCUCGAAAAAACAAGGCCAUGCACCUGGCUCAUCCAACAGUGGUGUUGGCAGCAACUAUGUGAUUUAUGACGAUAUGCAAUCACUGGUCAGCGUGCUUAAUUCAGAGAUGGGCCAGAGCAUGCGUGUAUAUGGAUGCACUUUUCUGUGGUUCAUCCCAUUUGUUCGUUCCAUAAUGGAACUUCAAGAGCACAAUGCUUCCUAUAUUAGUGAAAUCAUCCACUAUCUUUGUGAUAAGAUCCGAGAUAAUCGGUACAUGCUGACUGGACAAGCAAGCGUGUGUGAUAAAGUGACUGAGCUCUUUGCUCGUAUCUUUAUUCAAAUCGUUGAGCUACACUAUACCGAAGGACAAAUGGGAAUACUUUCUCGCUGUCCCCCCAAGUGGGUUGAGGUGAUUGUCAUGUGCGUCGUCUUAUGUGAUGAACCUUAUGGACCCCCAGACAGGAUGGGUGGGAUUCACAGUGUCAGUUCAACAUCUUACAGUCUUGGCAUUGUAGGAAGACCUACAUCAGAAUGUGGGAAUGGAGCAAUAAUUAAAGGCUGUUUGACGCUUAUUCGGCAGCUGCUUAAGGAAGGGAAAAGAAGAUCUGACCCAGAUGCGGCCAUGUUUUUGAAUUUGCUUAACAAGCAGCUGCGUGGUGAUACCAACAAAAGGUGGAGUCUAACUUUUUCAAAUUCUGCAAAGCUUCAGCAGUGUUUGAGGAAAAUUGUGCAGCUGAUGGCUGAAAGACCUGCUGUUCCACCCCGAUCCGCACCAUCUGUUGAGGCAGCUACAAAUACUGUUGUUUCCAGAAAUUCAGUAUCAAUCUGCCAACAACAAGAGGACCCGGAGGCAGGUCCCAGCAGAGCUGCGUUUAUCAAAGAGGAGCCUCUUUGGAAUUAUGGAAAAAAAUCUUUCUCCAAUGAGGAAUUCUCAUGUGGGCCUGAGGAUGUCUUCAAGGGUAAAAAGGAACCUUCUGACCCAGUGUUAAUUUCAGAGCUGAGGCCUGCUGUUGAGUUGACCAAUAUAAAACCAGAUCUGGGUAAACUGCAGGAAAUUCGAUCAAGAUUAAAUGAUGAUCAGAGUUUGUCAAAGAUCGAAGCAAUUGCAAGGAAGAAGUCUGACGUGUCAGCUAAAAAGAGACCAGGUUUUGGGGCUUUAAAAAAUGAGGAGGAGGAGGAGGAUGAUGAUGAUGAUGAUGAUGAUGAUGAACCCCUUCAUAUCACUCGAACUCGUCUGAUAAAAUCUGCAAUCCACAAGCUUGAAUCUAGUGACUCUGACGUUGACUCCAGAGCAACUGCGUCUUCGGUUAUUUCCAAGCAGAACACAGAGUCCACUACCAUAGUUAUCUCUGAUGAUGAAGAUUCUGAUAAUGAUAUAAGGCCAAAUGACCCCUUGAGGUCUAGUUACAAAGAAUGCACAGUAAAAAACAAAUCUCCAGAAAGUCCUGUAAUGCCUGAGAGUCCGGGGCGUGAUUAUGAUGAUCUAAGUGAAUCACAAGUGUUUGAGUUUGAGACUCAGCAAUAUGUGGCAUCUGCUUGGGAUAAUGCAGAUUUGGAUGGAUCAGUCUUGACAAAGAAUCUCAAAUCAGAUCGAAUACUCAAGCCACAGUUGGAUGAAACGCCUAAUGAAGCAUCUCCCUCAUGGAGUUCAGAGACUGAGCUGGUACCAGAUGAGGACAUUGAGAGGGCCUGUCAGCAGGCAGAAGAGAAGAUCAGACAACAGCAGCCGAGAAAGCCAGCAGAUGAGAUGGAAAGAGACUAUAAGCAGGUGGAAGAGAAAAUCAGACCACAGCAGACACGAGAGAAUUCGGAUGUGCAUGAAUUCUCAUCCAAAGCAUCAAGUACUACAAAAAGCUGGGAUAAAUUUGCCAAACCAAAACCUCUAAAGACUAAAGUAACAAAAACCACUCCAUCUGAUAAGAGAGACCAUUUGCAGGUUAAAAAGCCAGUGUUAAUUGAUGCCCUUGCUCAAAAAAUCAGACGCCACCCUUGGAAACGUAGCUCAACAUCUGAGGACAUGGAGGAACCUUCCUCUUCAACUACUCCAUCCUCAUCUGCUGUAUCCUCCACCUCCUCCUCCUCCUCAUCAUCAUCAUCCACUCCAUCCUCCAGCUCCAUCACUUCUCCUUAUUUUUCUGCAUCUACGUCACGUGGCACCCCUGCCAUUGUUCCUCCAAAGAAGGUGCGUAAAAUUGCUGAGCCAGAAUCAACGGCAGAGCGUUUAGGAUUGAAAAAGAAGGAAAGGAAAGCCUUUGAUCUUUCUCAGCGUUCACUUGACUGUGUCGCCAGACUCAGGUGCCAUGGCCAGAACGUGCAGGUGGAGCCACAUCAGAAAAGAAGGCGAGCGUCUCGAACCAGUAAGACUUCUCCGCAGAAACGUAUGGUGAAAGCUAACAAGAAACUAAUGGGAUCUCAAGAUAUUCAGUUUUUCAGGCAAAGUCGUGAGAAGCAUCAGAAGCCAGCAACAGAACCCAUUACAACAUCAGCUUCCAAACCAGUCAGUCGGCAAGAUGAAUUGCACUCAUCGAGACCAACAAUUCCAAACAAUGAGGAUGGUGACUUCUUGCCCUGUCCUCAACCAGAUGCCCAUUGUCAGCAGGAUAAUGAAAAAGGUGCAUUAGGGAGUAGCGAUUCUAGUGGGGAUGGGGUAGGGAAUAAGUUCCUCCAAGCUAGUGAGGCUGCUGAAGGUAACUUGGAAGGAGAGAAAGCUGCUCAAGCAUCAAAAGAGGAUGUUGAUGAUGAAUGGAUGUUCUAUACACAGAUGGAACCUACAGACAUGGAAAUCUGUUCACAAAUGGAGGAAUUUGAGGAUGAAAACGACGAACUCUUUCUUACCCAGAGAGAUCCUGUUGACAUGGACAUCGAUACAGAUAGUGGGUCGGAUACCCCUGGUCAACCUGACUUCACUGACAAAAAUGUACCGCCUUCUAAUGCGGCAAAUGAUCAUUUGUUCUUGAAGCCUGGAAUGUCACCCAUGUCUCAGAAAAAAGCCAAACCUUCCACCACUAAAAUAUACACUCCCAGCUCCCGUAGUGCCUCACUUGUCCUUGAAAUGGAAAAAGGAGCCAAGCCUCCCCCUCCUGCAAAUGUCGCUAAAGCAAAAAUUCCUCGAUUGGCUUCAGCAAUGCCACCCCCAGCAAUGCCACCACCAAAAAUGCCACCCCCCAAAAUGUUCCAGCCUUUACCCCCUCCACAAUUACCAAAGCCACCUGCCUUAAAACAAGUAACUCUUCCUCAGGGCAGUGUCCCCAAGUUGGUCACCAGUAAUAAAAUAAGCUCAACCUCAGAACCCCCAUCAUACAAGGUAUACCAAAGACCAGAGGCUCCAGUUAACAAGCCAGUUAACAAACCAAUGCCCACAAUGGAUCAAAGCCCAAAGUUUGACCUUUCGGUGUUAACCCAGGCAAUCCUUAAAUGGGAAUACAGAAUGCUUGAUAAUUAUAAAGCAUUUGGGAGUCCACUUGAUCUGUGCCAACUGCCGCUGAAGGAGGUGCCAGUAAAUUUUUCUUCCUACCUGGAGUACUUCAACACCUUGUACCCACUGCUGCUAAUUAAUGCAUUCGAAGAGAUGGCUAAUGAAUGGCUCAAAGAGGGAAGGGUCAAGCUGUACCUAAAAGUCCAAGGUAUUGAAUACAGCAAUCGCACUGCUAGUGCUAGCUUCAUUGCCGGCCUUUCUCAGGAAUGUGAUGUGAAACAAAUUUACCCAAAAGAAGAUGACCUUGUAUUGCUUUGGCUGCCAGACAACACUGGGGCAUACGCCCAGGAUGAACCAAAUUUUCAUGAUCUACAUCCUCAUUUUGGCUAUGUAUCCCGGUCCAAUGUUUUAAACAGAACUCCAGGUUCCAGGUCAACAUUAAACCUGACAAUUCAGACACGCGGUAAUGUAUCAUCAGUGAAUUCCCAACCUGUGCUCUGUGAAGUUGUUGGAUCAUUGAUCAGCAUAUUUCGGGAGUUUCGUGCACUGUGUUUGCUGAGAAACGGACCAAUGCUACGUCCUCUUCUUGCGCCCCAUGUGUCUUUUUUCACACAUUCUUUGGAUGGACCAUCAGACCUAGAUGCACCAGAAUUCAACAGGGACCAGGCAAGAGCAAUAGCAUGUGGGAUCGCUAUGAUACACCGAAAACAGAAGACUCCAAAAUUUCUCCUUAUUCAUGGUCCUCCUGGCACUGGGAAGAGUAAAACAAUUGGUGGUCUGUUGUACAAACUUCUGUCUUCGGCUACUAAUAGUUCUGCUACUGUGGGCAACCUUCACUCCAAAUCUCGACGGACACGUGUUCUUCUCUGUGCACCUUCUAAUGCUGCCAUUGACAGUCUGAUGAAGAAAGUCAUCUUGAUCUUUAAAGAGAAAUGUCGAAACAUUAACGCACCUCAAGGUAAUUGUGGUGACAUAAACCUGGUAAGACUGGGAAAUGAAAGAACCAUCUCAAAGUCACUAAAACCUUUCAGCCUCGACCACCAGACUAAAGCAAGAGCUCAGCGAGCCCAGCAAACUGUAGAAUCUGAUGUACACAGGCGGAAGGAGCAACUGGACCAGAUGAUUGAAAAUCUCUCUCAUCAAUGUGCAAAAACCCAGAAGAAUUCUACUGAGUUCAAAAAUUUAUUGGAGCAGAAGAAGCAGUUUCUGAAAGAGAGAGAAGGACUGAGUCGGCAGAUUAAAGAGUGUCGCGGCAGAAGACAGGAGAGUCAAGCUCUUGUCCUGCAGAAUGCUCAUGUGAUCUGCUGCACGCUCAGCACAAGUGGAAGUAUUGUCCUCGAAAAUGCCUUCCGACGUCUCGGACAUGAGCCAUUUAGCUGCGUCAUCAUCGAUGAGGCUAGUCAGGCUAAAGAAACAGAGACGCUGAUUCCCAUGCUGUACCGAUGUCCUUCUGUAAUACUUGUUGGCGAUCCUAACCAGCUUCCACCAACCGUUGUCUCCCAGAAAGCAAAGGAGUUUGGCUUCGACCAGUCUCUGAUGGCACGGUUAUGCAAAAGUCUUCACCCCUCAAACUCAAAACUCCCUCCAAUUCUUCUACUCAGUAUGCAAUACCGCAUGCACCCAGACAUCUGCGAAUUCCCUUCCAAGUACAUCUACAACAGCGCACUCAAAAAUGACUGCGAGACUGCUCAGAAGCGCUGCUCCCUCAGCUGGCCCUUCAAGCCCUACAAAGUGUUUGACGUGAUGGAUGGCAGAGAGACCAAGGAGAGAGACUCAUUUAUCAACCAUAAAGAGGUCAGUCUGGUGGGGCUGCUAUUGAAGCUGCUGUGUAAGGAGCAGGCGGUGCGAGUGGGUGUCAUCACACCAUACAACGCCCAGAAACAUCGGAUACUGGACGCCAUCAAGACUUCAGGCAUCAACAAGCAGCUUCAGGUGGAAGUGGACACAGUCGAUGGCUUUCAGGGUAGAGAAAUGGACUGUAUUAUUGUGUCCUGUGUGAGAGCCAGCAGUGAAAUGGGUUCCAUUGGAUUUGUUGGAAAUCGCCAGAGGAUGAAUGUAACAAUCACCAGAGCCAAGUUUAGUCUCUUCAUACUGGGACAUCUACGCACACUCAGGGAACAAAGUGAUUGGGGAGCGUUGAUUGAGGACGCAGGGAGACGUGAAUGCAUAAUCAACACCAUGCAGAAAAACUUCGAAAGUGACGUCAAGAAGAUCGUGAAACAAAAACCAAAUCCGUUGAGCCGCAGUCUUUCUCAUCCCCCUAUCGACAGACCAAGCGCUGUGAUCCGACCCGUUAUGCAUUCUCCCGUGGAGGCAGGACCUUCAUCCGUGCCCCGCCCCCAUCAUGACACCACUCAGGCGGCACAGCCAAUGCCACGGCUCAUACCAUUGGAGUGUCCUAAAGACCCGCGGAUGAAUGACAGGCCUUCAGACCCACGGUUUUCAGAACGGCGGCCAAUCAGAGAAGAGACACAAGACAGAAGUAGACGGGAUAUUCCAGCGUCACGCCAUUCAUCACAGAGAUCUAAUUCAUAUGAUGGAAGUCAUCGAAGUUCUGGACAAUCUUCUAGAUACUCUUCAAAACACCGUGGUUCUUCACCACCAAGAAGGAGAUGAGCUGUUUUUAUUUGUCAUUUAAAACUUUACAGCAAUGCAUUGAGCUUUAGUUUUCUUCCUCUCAUCAAUGUGUUUGGCUGUGCACAAAGCGUCAGUGUUCAACAUCUCGUUAUCAGGCAGUGAUUUAACAAUUUGCUUGACUAAUUCAUUUUGUGGUGGUGCUUCUGUAAUUUUUGGACUCUUUCUAAUAAUUCUGUGCUGCAAAAUGAACAUUUAUAAAGUGUUUUAUUCAUGAAGGAGGAUGUUUUGUUUCGUAUAACCAGUUUCGGUUUUUGGACCAUAUGUUUGUCUCCAAAAAAAAAGAAAGAAUAAUGCAAUAACUGCACUCAUAAGCAGUCUGACUUGCUCAGAAAUAACAUUUUGUAUGUAUAGUUUGUCACUUUGAAUGUAAAAUAGAUUUGUGGAUUUAUGAAAGGAUUGGCUUGGUGUGUAAUUGUCAAGCCUGCAUUGCCGUUUGUGUUUCACUCAUUGUUUUAUACUGACUUUUAAUAUACAGAUGUAAUUCUUUGUUUGCCUGAGCUGACUGUUAAAAUCAUCCUUUUUUUUCAGGUGUAAAUAUUAGAGAUGCUAAGAAUAUUGGGGGAAAAAGCCAAAAAUCAAAACAAUGUUCAUUACCAUUUUAAUUUCAAAUGUAAUGUGUCAUAUUGUGUUGAGUUGUGAAUGAAAGUUAAGUUUGAUGUUGUAUAGUUUAACUCUUCCAGCCUGGAGACUGAGAGAUCAACCCUCUUACUGUGGCAUUUAUUACUGAGUUUUAUCUUGAGUGAUCAGUUUUACAAGUGUAUGAAGAGGCCUUUGCUUUGUACAGAAGCACUUUUUUGUAGACAGGAAAUUAAAAGUUUUCUGUAUUAAA